GUCUGUCGUCGUCGUAAUGUUUGUCGGCAUAGAUCUCUGAGGAAAACAAAUACAAAUUGUUAUAAAUAAAACUAUUUAUUUUAUACAACUUUAACACUUCUAACAUAACACACAUAACUAUAAUGUACAACGGCGAAUGUAUAGCUAUUAAGGAUAUUAAACCCGGUCUUAAAAAUAUCAAUGUUAUAUUCAUAGUACUCGAAAUAGGAACCGCCACAGUGACUAAGGAAAAUCGUGAAGUUCGAAAUUUCAAAGUUGGCGAUCAUACAGCCUGCAUUAAUGUUAGUAUAUGGGACGAACCUGGUAAGCUAAUAGCUCCGGGGGAUAUAAUAAAAUUAACCAAAGGAUAUGCAUCGAUAUGGCGUCACUGUUUAACUUUGUACUCGGGCAAAAAUGGAGAAGUCUAUAAGAUCGGAGAAUUUUGUAUGACCUUUAACGAGGCGGUCAAUAUGAGUGAACCGAAGAGACCGGAACAGCAGCAGGUUGGUGGUGUAACUGGUGCCAUAACACAGGCCGGUGUUGGUGGUGGCAUGGUCUUGAGUCCGGCCCAAAUGCCGGCAGGUGCAGUUGGUGGUGUGGCACCAAAUGUGGUUGUCAGCGGUCAAGCUCAACAAUUAACGGCCGGUGUAGGCGGUAAUGGCAACACGACACCAGGAGUUCAACGCUUGCAACCGCAAGCCAUGGGUGUGGCGGUAGUAACUGGGCCUGGUGGUGGUGGAGCUGGUGGCGGCGGCAAUGUACAAGUCGUGCCAAAAACUGUUGCUGGUAUGCAACAAGUUGGCAUAAUUGGUAAUGGCACCUCAGCAAAAACGAAUACCCUAGGCGCCACAGUACCACCUCCUGCCAGCGUUACCACAACCCAGACACAGGCGAAGACCAAUAGAGGCGGUCGUACUAAUAUAACAAGAGCUAGUAAUAUAAAAACCGAACGAAGAUGAAGUUUUACUUAGUUAUAAGACGCAAAUUUCACAUUUUAAGUAAAAAUUACUUUAAGAAAAA